AUUCCAAUUUCUUCAGAAACCCCUUCUGAGUUCUAAGUUCCAGGUUAAUAUGUCUCAUGCAAAUUUCUUGAACUAUUGUUGGGGUCCUUUUUCCAAAUAGGAAGCAUCUAUGCAGCCCAAGCUACCUCAAACCAGGCCUGAAAUUUCAAUGACACAACCCCGAAACCAUACCACUACUAAGCCAACUGUGUAUUAGGUAGAGGAUAGUCCAAGAUUAAGUGUACUUGAUUAUAUUUUAAAAAGAGAAACAGAUGUGAAGUCUUAAAGUAAGCAAUGGGAAUUCAUUUUUCCAGAAACCAUUAUAGAAACCUACUCAGACCUCUUUUCUAGAUGAACCAAAAAUAGACAUUUCACUUUUGGAUCUUUUGGGCCUGUGUGGCCCCAGGUUUUGUUUCCUGUACAACCUACAUCUUCCCAUUUAGAUAAUAAUUCCAUUCUCCGUUUCAUAUUUUGUGUAAGGUGAAAACAUUUUUAAUUUUGAAACUCUCGGGUGUAUAAUUUUUCUCAAAAUUAGUUGUUAUUUAAUCUCCAGAAAAGGCAAUUUUGUGAUCAUUUCUAAAUAUAGUAAAAUUGUAAAAACAUGCAUCAGGGAAACUGGUUUUGACUGCAUCUUCGAAAGCACUUUAAAUGAGACCUGCCUGAAAGUUUAAUGUGGAAAUUUUUCCAACGAUGGUAGGGUAAAUGUCUGAUCAGAUCCAUAUAUAGUUUAUGGUAUACAUAUUUUUUUCCUACACCAUUGAAUCAGGAGAAGAGAAGUUGUGUAACAAAGAAAGGGAUGACACACCAAAACCAGAUGCCACCAGAGCAUUUACACAUGCAGAAAUUGUAAAAAUCACCAAUGACUUUGAAAAGGUCAUUGGCAAAGGAGGCUACGGGCCUGUUUUCUAUGGAUGCCUAGAAAAUGGCCAUGAAGUUGCUGUGAAGUUACUGUCCCAGGAAUCACAGCAAGGAUAUAAGGAAUUCCUUGCAGAGGUUAAACUGUUGAUAAGAAUUCAUCACAAGUACUUAGUCUCUUUCAUAGGAUUCUGUGACGAAGGCCCAGAAAAGAUUCUGGUCUAUGAGUACAUGUCAAAAGGGAAUCUGAAAGAGAUUUUGUCAGAUAAAAACAGAAAUUCAGUAUCCUUAAAUUGGGAGCAGCGUCUUCGAGUAGCUCUAAGUGUUGCACAAGGAUUGGAGUAUCUCCAUUGUGGAUGCGAACCACCAAUCAUUCAUAGAGAUAUCAAGACCGUCAACAUCCUCUUAAAUGAAAAACUGGAAGCCAAAGUAGCAGAUUUUGGGCUGUCAAGAUUAGGGCCAACUGAGGAUGACACUCACAUAUGGACUAUUGCCGCGGGCACCCCUGGAUAUGUGGAUCCUGAGUACUACAUCACGAACAUGCUCACUGACAAAAGCGACGUCUAUAGCUUUGGGAUAGUUCUUUUGGAGCUUAUAUCAGGCCAGCCUGCAAUAAUUUUGGAUGAAGAAAAACUACAUAUAGUACACUGGGUAACUCCCAAGAUUAAAACAGGUGACAUUGUUAGUGUGGUUGAUCCGAGGUUGCAGGGGGAAUAUGACAUUAAUUCAAUGUGGAAAGCCGUUAAGAUAGCAUUGGCAUGUACACCAGAGACAGCCGUUAGGCGGCCAACGAUAAGUGAUGUUAUCGGUGAACUGAGAGGAUGUGUAGAGCUUGAGUCAUCGUGUCGCAGGAGAACUUCAAGAACAGAAUACCACUUAUCAAGCCCCAUAACUGCUUCAAUAAAUAUGGAGAAGGAACCAGGAUUUGAUCUAUCACCAAGGUAGUCAGCUUCAACAGUUUUCGCAUGCAUGUCGGAAGCCAUUAUAGGUCAGUCAACAUCUGCCAAGGUUCUCAAAGCAAUUAGAUACGUUGAGCAAGCCUUUUAUUUCAUUCUUAAAUUUUAUGUACUUCUGCUCACUCAACAUUGAAUGUGGCCCGUGAUUCUCUUAUGCCUUCAGUCUACUGUUCUUUGGUUUUAUG